UUACAUUUAGUAGUAAACAUGUGUUUCGGAAUGAGACUCCAUGACGGUUAUGCUGAUGCCAUUGUAUAUAUAAGAAAGUUAAAGGAAAACCAAGAGUAUGUGAAGACUACAUUCAACCACAAUCUUUCUAUGGGACGGAAAGGUCAUAUAAUUGAACACCAUCUUGUCAUGUUUUUAAAUAGAACUAAGCUGCCAUUGGGAGUAUUUUUUGAACAAUGUUCUGAAUCUGUUCAUCAUAAUAUGUUGAAAACACUGAGCAGAUUCUCAACUUCAGAAUUCAGAGAGAACCAUGGAGAGCUUCUUAGAAAGGCAAUAGUUAAAUAUUCAAGUCAUAGAAUAGUUUUUAUUCAAGUCAUAGAAGUUUUUUCUUUGCUAUUGAUUACAUAA